UGGCAUCUCUGCUUUUUCUCUGUUUCAUUCUCGCUGUUAACCUCCCUAAUCUGUUCUUCCUUAAGCUUCUUGAAAACCUUGAGGGUUGAAUAUAGAGAAAAUGACUAAACAGAAUGUGUUGGUUUCUGAUUGCACGUCGCGUAUUGGCAUGGUUGGACUGGGCGGGUGGAAGGCAUCAUUGCUCCCACCAGCGAUUCCGGAAACCCUGGCUGCUCUUGGUGGGCAUAUUUCUAUGCCCCAAAAGAAGCUCUUGAAGAGGCUUGAAACUGGAGGAGGAGCCCGGGUCACUGCCUGGGUUGAUUCCAUGAGAGCUUCUUCGCCUACCAGAAUCAAAUCUACAGCUUCUCUGCCUGAAACAGAAGAGCGAAGUUCUUGGAUUCUCCGUCAUCCAUCAGCGUUAAAUAACCUGGAGCAGAUAAUCUCAGCUUCCAGGGGGAAGCAGAUUGUUAUGUUUUUGGAUUACGAUGGUACCCUUUCUCCGAUUGUCCAAGAUCCAGAUCGAGCAUUCAUGUCGAGAGAGAUGAGAGAAGUUGUAAGGGAUGUUGCUAGAUACUUUCCCACAGCCAUAGUGAGUGGGAGAUGCAGGGAUAAGGUUUAUAGUUUUGUAAGAUUAGCAGAACUUUACUAUGCGGGUAGCCAUGGGAUGGACAUAAAGGCACCAUCCAAACGCUCAAAAUGCCACAAAAUGAUUCAGGGAAACAAGAAAGUCAUCUUCCAAGCUGGAACCGAGUUUCUACCCAUGAUUGACGAGGUGUACAAAGUCUUAGUAAACAAAACAAGUUCCAUCCCAGGAGCAAAGGUGGAAAACAAUAAGUUUUGCCUAUCCGUACACUUCCGCUGUGUCGAAGAAAAGAGAUGGGCGGCAUUAGCAGAGCAAGUUAAGGUGGUGCUCAGUGCGUAUCCACAACUUAAAUUGACUCAAGGGAGGAAGGUCUUAGAGAUCCGUCCAACCAUCAAAUGGGACAAGGGAAAAGCCCUUGAAUUCUUGCUGGAGUCAUGGGGAUAUGCAAAUUCUAAUGAUAUUUUGCCGGUCUAUAUUGGAGAUGAUCAAACGGACGAGGAUGCAUUUAAGGUUUUGCGUGCUAGAGGUCAAGGGUUUGGGAUCCUUGUUUCUAGAGUUGCAAAGAAAACAAAUGCCACUUAUUCCUUGCAAGAGCCAUCUGAGGUGAAGGAAUUUUUGCGGCAAUUGGUGGUGGAGUGGAAAAGACUGUCGCUGCAAGGCUAGGACAAUAAUAUAUAGGGCCGGGGUGCAAAUAUGUAAAUUAAUAAUUAUUGAUCGCAUAAUUUUUGGGGUGGGAUUAAUUUUCGAUAGCUAUCUGCAUGUAUGUUUAUGAACUCCUUUUAUAAGUACAUCUUGAGAAAAAAAUUGCAAAUGUACGUACGUAUUUUCUUGUUUAGAGACUGUAAGUGAUUAUCAAAUUAAUAGGAAUCUUUCGUAAUUUUGGAAA